UACCGCAAAGGAGUAGACUCAGAGUUUCGUCAUGACAAGAACCGGUGUCAGAGGGUAGAAGUCACUUGCCUUGGUUACUUGGGACACUAAAGGAAUGUAAAUGACUGAGGAUCAGGAAGCCCAGGAGAAUGAGCUGCUUGCUUUAGCAAGUAUCUAUGAUGAAGAGGAGUUCCGCCGUGCGGAGUCUGCACAAGGAGGAGAGAUCCAACUCUGUCUGGAGCUGCCUCCUGAGUUUAAAGUGGUUGUUAAAGGAGAGAAGACAACUGAACAUAAUGUCUGCUUCCUGCCUCCACUGAUGCUCAAUUUUGAGCUUCCUUCAGACUAUCCAUCCACAUCUCCCCCAGUUUUCACUCUCAGCUCUAAAUGGAUCACCAAAGCUCAGUUAAGCACUCUCUGUCAUCGCCUGGAUGAGUUGUGGGAGGAAAACCAGGGUUUUGAGAUUCUCUUCAUGUGGAUCCAGUUCCUCAAAGAGGAAACUCUGGAAUUUCUGGGUAUUAAGUCUCCGCUUGAAGUCAUCGGGAAGAAAAAGGCUACUGGUGAACAAAGGAAAACGGACCUUGCGGCUAAAGGUGGGGCACAAUGCACCAACCAACCCGAGAAGCCAAAGGAGAAAAAGACGGAGGUGACUAAAGAGAAAUCUAAGCAGCAUAGUUUGUCAUCGUACAAACUGGAUCCCCGUGCCGUCGUUUUGAUGGACCCACAUUCUGACCCCCUCGCUCAGCUUCUUGACUUUGACGAGGCGCAGCGGCAGAGAGUGUUUGACAGCAAAACAUUUUUGUGCGGAAUCUGUUUCGGGGAUAAACUGGGCUCCAACUGUCUCUGCUUUAAAGAGUGCCAGCAUGUUUACUGCAAGGCCUGCUUGACAGAAUAUUUUGAGAUUCAAAUACAGGAUGGCAACGUUCAGUGCCUUAACUGUCCUGAGCCCAAAUGUACCUCAGUCGCCACACCAUCGCAGGUAAAGCAGCUAGUUGAUGAGGACCUGUUUGCCCGAUACGACCGUUUGCUGCUUCAGUCCAGUUUGGACUUGAUGGCGGAUGUCGUGUACUGUCCGCGCUUGUCCUGUGGCACUGCAGUAAUGGUGGAACCAGACACAACCAUGGGCAUCUGCUCAGCAUGCCAGUAUGCUUUUUGCACACUGUGCAAGCUGGGCUACCAUGGUGUCUCUCACUGUAAAAUCACUGCAGAUGAUCUGCGUAACCUGAGAGACGAGUAUCUGUCGGCCACAGCUGAGGGACAGAAGUUCAUGGAGCAACGCUUCGGGAAGAGGGUGGUCCAGAAAGCUGUGGAGGAGUCUUUUAGCAGGGACUGGCUCAAUGAGAACUGUAAAUGCUGCCCCAGAUGUGGAACAAAUAUUCAGAAAGUGGACGGCUGUAAUAAGAUGACCUGCACUUCCUGCAAACAGUACUUCUGCUGGCUGUGCCUGGGUGCUCUCAGCAAAGUCAACCCAUACAGUCACUUUAACAAUCCUCAUUCACCCUGUUAUAACCGACUCUUCCUCGGCGUAGAUGUGGAUGAAGACGAUUUUUGGAGCGACGAAGAGGACUGAAACCAGUGGAGUGCCUCAGAGCUGUUCGUGUCAUUUGAAUGCACUUUAUAUCUCAUGUAAUCAUCACUUUUUUUCUGGGACUCCGGCUACACCUGAAUUUGUCUACAUCCGUAUGCUUAAAUACUUUUGUCACUGGUUCGAGUACGGUCGGGCAAAAGGGAAAGGAAACGUUCUUUAUUUGGAUGCUUGAAGCUAAUAGUUGCGUAAAUAUGUCAGAUGUCAUGCAUCUACAUUAUUUACUUAUACUUAAAUAGAAAAAAUAUAUUUACUUUUUCUGUUAUUUUUUUUGUAAUAAAA